AUGAGUCCAGAGCAUCCGUCAUUUCGGGCACGUGGUCGAUCCAUGCUAAGUGCCGAUCAGAAGUCAUUUAGAGAUUAUUCCGAUGAUAUUGCUUCGUCAAGACUAGUAAUUGUUGAGGAUGGAGUGCCACUUGGAUGCUUUAAUGGCAGAUGGGGUGGUGUUCAGGGGUGGUUUCGAGUGGAAGAAUGUGUCGAGCAAGUUGAUGGAAAAUCCACAUGUGUAGGGGCUGGAGCUUCAAUAAGCUAG